UGGCUUCACGAUUAAUUUGUUUAUCGAUAGAUCGAUCAAUGACAAGAUGCGAUUACGACGUCAUCUUUUACAGGGUUUUCUGUCUAUCCCUACUGGUGAUUGCGUUCAUUUUUACGGUCAUUCUCACCAAUGUUUUCGUGGACAUUGACGGGUUAUUGUCUGGAAAGAAAAAGGAUGCAUCACACCACACCACUGAAUCAAAUACUGCCUCAACUAUCUUUAUGCGGGAAAUUAAACCAGAGAUUGUAUUUAAUGAUGAGAAAAACUAUGAGGACGCUGAAGAUGUUUACAGGAGAGAAGACGUCUAUGUCAAUGAGGAUGAAUCAUUUAGAAAUAAGAGAUCUUUAGAACCCCAUACAUUCUUACUGCAUCUUCAAAAUCCAAACGUGAAGAAUAUUCUCACGAACCAUCUAAAUGCAUUAUUAGAACAAAUGGAUGCUGAAGAAUUUAGUACUAAUGCUAUUGAAGAGAAAAAGACAGAUGAUAACAAUGACAAGGAAAUAGAUAUUAGUAACAAAAAGUUUAAAGAGUCUACAAGGUCACUCGUAACAUCCAACAAUAAAGUUAGUGUUAAUGUAACAAAUAAAGAACGUGAUGAUAAAGAAAUUGUAGAAAAAAAUUAUAAAGCUGAUGUUAAAACUAAAAAAGAGGAUAAAAGUAGACGUGAAAUGCUUCAUUUGGCAAUGCAUGAUAUACUGCUACAAGGAAUUAUUGGUCAUAUGGAUUUAAGUGAGGUAUAUAAGAAGGUUAAUAUUUUAAACAAGAAGUUUGAGGUGCCAGACCAAAAUAGAGCAGAAGAACUCAGUGGCAAAAAAGAUGAACACAAAAAAGUGGAACAACAAAACAACGGAGAAAUCGUAGAAAAGCCACAGAUGAUAAUCAAAACGCUAAUAGACAUCAAUUCUAAUGACGCCAAAACCCACAAUGGUGAAUCAAACACAAGAGAAAUACAAGGCCUAAUUAAAUUCAUAUAUAAUGGUAAACCAGUUAAAGUAAAAUUAAUGUCUUCUGAUGAAGUCAGUAAUACUUGGACAUCAACAGCAGAAAACAUACCCAAAAGUAUAACAAUACCUCUUAAUAAAAAUCAAAUAGUUAAUCAAGAGAUGUCUAAAGAAGAUGACAUUGAAACGGGAGAAAGUACACCAGUAAAAUUUAAUAUUCCACAAUCAUAUUUAAACAAAGCCAUAUCAAAUUAUUUCAAAAAUUACAAUCAUGUUAAAAGCAAUCCUAUUGAUACAAAAAUUAAGAGUUUAAAUAAAAAACGUUUCAAAAGACACAUUAAAAUUCGUUACGAUCCUAAGAAAAAUGCUUCAAAAUCUGAAGACGAUGAAUUGUAUGUUGAAAUAGAAACUCACUUCGAUAGCAAGGGCAUGAAAGGAGAAAAAAGAAAAAAGUUGAUAAGAAAUCUUGUGGAGAAAAUCCAAAAAGCAAUUCAUUCGAAUGUUGAGAAUCACGGCAAUAAAACAAAAAAACAUUAUCACGCUCAUGUGAAAAAACGUAUACAAAAUCCUUUAGCGUACAACAAAAUUUUAAUGAAUAAAAAAGUAAUAGCUGUAAGAAAUGGUAAAGUAGAACAUAGACAUGUGGAUCCUAUAACAAAAUCAGUAGACGGAAAUAAAAACGAUGUUCCAAACAUCUACGAUCAAACGGGUGAAAUUUGGAAAAGAACCUACAUGGGGCCUAGAUUUUUAACACCUUCAAAAGCAUUAAACUCAGCAGAGAUGUCUGAAGUUGACGUUGAUUACAAUAGAGUAAUGACUUUUAAUGGCAUACCGCAAAGAUUACAAAAGCCAUUAAAUACUGAUAAUUCCGAUGAAGAAUUACCAACAAAUUUUUACGACUUGGGCAAUUUGAAAUUUAUUGUCAAAGAUAUGGACGGUGGUGGAAUUUCUGUCGGUUUUAACCAGUACACUGAUGAAGAACCAGAUCCAGAAACAAUCAAAGUAUUUACUGGUGUUGAUAAUCUUGCAAAAGUUUACAAUCAUAAUUAUGGAAAGAUAGAACCGGUUGACGAAACCAACUCUGAUAGUCAGUAUAAAAAUCAAGCAUAUAAUAACGUUGGUGAUUUUGAAACUCCUGACGAUCAUACUAUUAUUCGCCGCAGUGCUGUUGAAGAAGAUUACCAUUCUAAUGAAUACAAAAUGAUAUAUGAUACCAAUUCCCUUCCCUAUGAGAACUACCAAGAUAUAUUUGAAAAAGAAACAUAUAAUCACAAACACGAGAGGCCUAUAAAAUUGGUGGAAAAUAGAACUGAUAAACCAGUCACGUUGGAUAUAUUCAAUAAGAAAUUAAAACCAAGCGAAAUAUUUUCAUUGGCAAACUUGUUAGAAGAGUAUAGAAAGAAACGUUCACUUACUGUCAAAAAAUAUUCAAAUAUAAACACUAGAAGGAAAUUAAAUAAAUUCUUGCAAACAAAAUCAAAAAAGAUUUUCAUUAAGAAAAAAAGAGUGAAGCGUCAUAUAGAUAAAAUAAGAAUUAUUGCUACUGACAAAAGUUCUGACGCAACACAUAGAAAUCCAGAUAAACCUGUUGACGAACAGAAUAUAUUUGUUGUUUCCAAUGAAGAUGAAUUCUCCAACAGAGCUGUUCUUAGAGAAGUUCUACAUCCCGGAGACGAGGGAAAUAGUGACAUAUAUAGGCCAGACAGAGGUGAAGAAGUUUUUGAUUACAGUCACAACCAACCAGUUCCAAGCUACAACAUUUUCGAAGAAAGUCAACCAGUCGAAAAUUACAUAACACACAUUUUCGAGGGGCGGUCGAGACAUAAUCCACUUAUGUCAAAAUAUCCACAUGUGUUUAUGGAAGAAAUAUCGAAACCCAAGGAGGCUGAUAUGGAGCCUGCAAUGUACGGAAAUAUAAGAAAGGUUAUGAGUGAUUUGGAUAACAAAUACUCUGGUGAUAAAUACGAAAUGCCAGUUCCAAUUUUCGAAACAACGACAGAAAAUUAUUAUCAGAUUGUCCAAAAUUUAUCUACACCAAAAACGUUAUUAUUUGCACCAAACUCGAAUACAAAAUAUAAACUUUCCAUCAAAAUUGUUCCUAAAAAUGUAACAGAAUUGAAACAAGGUUUUAAAGAAAUUCACACGAGCAUUAACAAAAGUUAUGACAGGGAUGGUUUGCGCUUUUAUUCCCUUGUGAAUGUGUCAGAAAUAUCUAAAGUGGAGAAUAUUGAAAACUUAAAAAGUGCUGGCAAAAGUCCAAAUGUAACAACCGUUCAGAUAACAACAACAACUAUGAAUCCACAGUUGAAAGCGCAGCAGUUUAAAAUAAAAUCAAUGCUGAAUAAACAUAAACAAUUAAUAGAUUUACAAUUAGCUCAUUUAAACAAAGAAAGAGAACAUUUGGAUAGCAUAAUAGUGUGGAAUCAUACGGACUCUGAUGAAAUAUUAGACUUGAAAUUACCCGGGGAAUCUCUGCCUAUUCAAAUAAAAAAGGGUGAUUUAAGUAAAUUACUGGCAACAGUAUUAUCAAGAAAUGAUCAAAACGCACAGCUAAAUAAUGAUACUAAUCGACAAUCCCAUCAAACUCCUGUUGUUCAAAGUACUACUGUUACUCAUCCAACAACAACCCAUCCAACCACUACACCUGCUUUUAUGCCAGUUCCUGUUGCUCUGCCUAUUAAAACCACUGAUAAAAAAUUGAUAAACAUUAUAGAAAAGAACGGUAAACUAACUAAGGAGAUACUGAACAAAAUAGACAGAAACACGGAAAUGUUGGAAGCGUUUUUAGUGAAACUUAUAGACAGAAUUGAUAAGCCUGUUGAGAAAACUCUUCGUAAUGAUAACGCUGAGAACACAAGAGAUAAAAUUAAUCCAAUACAAGAACAAAUUAACAAAGAUAAACAAAUUAAUGACAGAAACGAUACAAGAUACGCUAUUCCAUUCAUAUAUGCUUACCAACAUCCUUAUGUCGAUCCGAAUAAGCCAAAUUCACCAGUAGCUAACGUGGUAUAUCAAGGUCACAUACAUUCAGAGCCUCAACAAAUGCCAAAUAAUCCUGUUCUGCACAAAUGGGCACCCAAAGAUGAGGGUGCCAUGAAAAGAGAAAAUAAAGCUAAGUUCUUUAUCGACACUGACUUGGGAAAUGGUUUUAAAACAAUACCUAUUCCUUUGACAAGUUCCUCAAAGUACAUUAAUCCUGGUACCGUGAAUAGUACAAAAACUUAA